AUGGUCCGCACGCUCGAAUACCCCAAGACCGACAAGAACAAAGUCCAGCGCUACAACGCGCGAGCCGCCUACGACCUCGAAACCAUCCACAGCACGAUCCAAACCUCCAUCGUGCUCAACGUCGCCUUCGCCCCCUCCCCGGACAAUCCCUUCCCCAUCAUCCUCCCCAUGGUCGGCGCCAUGGGCAGCUUCGCCCACCCCUCGGCCUCGCUCUCAGAGCCCCUCGACUGCUACGUGCACGGCUACGUGACGAACCGCAUGGCGCGCCUGGCGCGCGACUCCCCCCAGGGUCUACCCGUCUGCGUCUCGGCCACCAAGGUGCACGGCCUGGUGCUGAGUCUGACGCCGUACUCGCACGACGUGAACUACAAGUCCGCCGUGCUGAUGGGGUAUGCGAGCAUCGUGGAGGAUCAGGCCGAGAAGCUGUGGGCUAUGGAGUUGAUCACCGACAAGGUGUGCAGGGACAGGUGGGCGGAGACGAGGGUGCCGCCGAAGAGUGCCGAGAUGAGUAGUACGGGGAUUCUGAGGAUUAGGGUUGAGGGCGGGAGCGGGAAGGUGAGGAAUGGGGUAGCGCAUGAUGAGAGGGAGGAUGAGGAGGACGAGGCGUUGAGGGGGAGGGUGUGGACGGGUGUGGUGCCGGUGAUGGAGGUGUAUGGAGAGCCGGUGGCGGAUGAGGGGAACAAGGUGGCCAACGUGCCGGAGUAUCUGUCGCGGUACGUGAGCAGGAAGACGGAGGAGGCGGAGACGGGAGCGAAGGAGGCGAUGAAGGAGUGA